AUGGAUCUGCAUCUGCGCCAGAACUUGUGGCCUCGGGCCGAAGAGUCUGGAACUGACAAGUUUCUUACGCUGAUUUCGAAUCCCUUUUACUCUCAGUUCCAAGUCAGCGCUAUUUGGGCCUCGCUGGGCACGUCCAUCGGCAUCUCCAUCCUCCUCGCUCUACUCUUCUCCCUCUUCCGACCCCGUCACAACCUCGUCUAUGCGCCGAAAGUCAAACAUGCCGACCGCAAACACGCCCCUCCCCCGGUGGGCAAGGGCUUUUUCUCCUGGGUCAAGCCCGUGAUCAAUACUCGUGAACCGCAACUCAUCGAGACCGUCGGAUUGGACGCUGCGAUCUUCUUGCGCUUCACCAAGAUGUGUCGCAACAUCUUCAUUUUCAUCAGCAUCAUCGGAUGUCUGGUCUUAGUCCCGGUCAAUAUCUCGCAGAGUAAAGAUGGAAAAUCGAUCAGUGUGACCGCGCUGAGCAAGAUGACUCCGCUCUACGUGACCAAUCCAACCGCUAUCUGGAGUCAAGUCGUGUGCGCCUGGUGCUUUGAUAUCAUUCUUGCUUUCUUCUUGUGGAGGAAUUACAAGGCUGUCAGAGGUCUGCGCCGACAGUACUUUCAGAGCUCGGAUUACCAGCGGAGUUUGCACGCGCGAACCCUGAUGAUAUCCGAUAUUCCUCCCUCAGACCGCUCUGACGAAGGUAUUCUGCGCAUCACCGAUGAAGUUAAUCCCACUGCUGCUCUUCCUCGGGCUGCCAUUGGCCGCAAUGUGCGUGAUUUGCCCGUUAUAAUCAAAGAGCACGAGGAGAAUGUCCGGGAAUUGGAAUCCGUGCUCGCCAAGUACCUCAAACGACCUGACCAGCUGCCUCCCAAACGACCUACCAUGCGUCCGCCCAAAAGCCAGCGUAGCAAGCAUCCUAAUGGCAAGGUCGAUGCCAUUGAUUACUUGACGGUGCGCAUCCGUGUCUUGGAGGAAGAGAUCAAGCACGGACGGGCGUCGAUUGACCGCCGUAAUGCGAUGCCAUACGGUUUUGCUAGUUGGGAGAACAUCGAGCACGCGCACGCUGUGGCAUGGACUGCCCGAAACAAGCAUCCCAAGGGUACUACUAUUGAUCUUGCACCUCGACCCAGUGAUCUUAUCUGGGAGAACCUGCCUCUGUCUAAGAAGGCGCGCAAGUGGAAGCGUUUCCUCAAUGUAAUUUGGGUCACUGCUCUCACACUCGUGUGGAUCGUUCCUAACGCUCUCAUCGCGGUUUUCUUAUCCAACUUGAACAAUUUGGGCGCCGUUUGGCCAAAGUUCCAGACUUCCCUCUCCGCGGAUCCCAAAGUCUGGGCUGCUGUGCAGGGUAUUGCCUCUCCUGCAAUCACUUCCCUCGUAUACCUGGUGUUGCCGACCAUCUUCCGACGUCUCUCCAUCCAGAGUGGAAGCAAGACCAAGACUUCCCGCGAACGACACGUCUUGGGACAGUUGUAUGCGUUUUUCGUGUUCAACAAUCUGGUCGUCUUCUCGCUCUUCUCGGCCGCGUGGGCUUUCGUCUCCACUGUGAUUGACAAAACCAACACCGAUGAGGGCGCUUGGCAGGCUAUCGUCGAUAGUAAUCUGUACUACAAAUUGAUGAGUGCCUUGUGCACUGUCUCGCCCUUCUGGGUGACUUACAUACUGCAGCGCAACCUCGGAGCCACCAUCGACCUCGUCCAGAUGAUCAAUCUGGCCUGGGUUUGGUUCGCCAAAACUUUCCUCUCGCCCACGCCUCGCCAGUCGAUCGAGUGGACUGCUCCGCCGCCAUUCGACUACGCCAGCUACUACAACUACUUCCUUUUCUAUGCAACCGUUGCCUUGUGUUUCGCUACACUUCAACCGAUCGUGCUUCCCGUGACUGCGCUCUACUUUGGUGUCGACGCUAUGCUGAAGAAGUACUUGCUCAUGUACGUGUUUGUGACUAAGAACGAGUCCGCUGGAACGUUUUGGCGGGUCCUCUUCAACCGACUCGUCUUUGCAAGCAUUCUUGCCAAUGUCAUCGUUGCCCUUGUCGCCAAGGUCCAGGGAACCUGGACCAUGGUGUUCUGCAUCGUCCCAUUACCGUUCUUGAUGCUGGGCUUCAAGUUCUACUGCUUGAAAACCUUCGACACCGAUAUCAUGUACUACAACCGCGCCAACCUCACCGACGCCGAGGCUAUCGGCGGAUCAAAGUUGAGCAAAAAGGCCGCCGAUCGCCUGAACUCCAAGUUCGGCCACCCAGCCCUCUACAAGCCUCUCAUGACGCCAAUGGUCCACGCCAAGGCCGCCGAAGCUCUAAAGGAGAUCUACCAAGGUAGACUAGACCAUGGCGACAUGAACAACGAAUACUCCGACAUCGCCAUGAACCCAAUGCUCUCCUCGCAACCCGGCAAAGCCGAGCCCGCUCCCUUCGAAGUCGUCCCCGAGGCCCACCUGGACUUCUCCUACUUCAAGGACCGCGCCGACUUCCGCGACGAGUUCGGCGGCGGCAUCUACGGUCGACCGGAGGACCUGAUGACCGAGCGCUCACAAACACCCCGCAGCAUGCUCGGCGGCGAAUGGUCACCUUCUUCAUCGCGCGCCUCCUCGCCCGCACCAUCCCUGCCCUCACUGGCUGGAAUGAAGAUGCACGAGGGUUAUCAGGACCCAGACCAGGGACAUAUCCACCCUGCUUUCCGCGUGCCACUCUCACGCGGCGACAGCGGCAAUGGCGCGUACCAGUCCGAUGAGAUUGAAACUCGUCUUCUCUCGCAUGUCCAGACACCCGGGCAAGUCGAUACAAAUCCGCUUGAUCGUUGGCGAACAGGCGGAUACGGUCCUGUCCAGCAGGACGAUCAUCCGUCUCAGACUUCGUACGAGGCGUACCGCGGCGCGAGGUAG